UUACCGUCACCCCACCACCCACCACUGAACCCUCCCCUCAAUCCCCUCCUAGAGCCCUCUUCUCCGUUCAAUUGUCCUGGCACGCCUAGCUUGAUUUCCCGCUCCAGGUGUGGUCACGUUGUCUGCCUCCCAAUUGAAUUGUGGCUUCCUCUCCUUACUAUUUCCCGUCUCCCAGAUUAUUUUCUCCUUUCUCCUUGCUCCUUUGAUCCCCUUUCACGGGUUCAUUUUCCUUGUUGUCCAUUCUACCAUCUGCUGAAUUCUGCAAGUCUCGCGGCAUCUCGACCAGUUGACAUCCGGUCUCUCAACAUCGCCUAAUACCCCUUUGCAAUCCGCAAACACUAAGCCUCAGUUGGAGCUACAGAGAGAACUUGCUCUUCUCAGCCUAUUCCCACCAAUUUUUUCUGUCUCGCACAAGUGAAUAUCAUAGAACGAGAGAAGAUGGCGGACAGAGGCGUUGCUCCGCUAAAGCCUGCCGCUGAGAUUGAGCAAGAGGCCAAGGCUAGAGAGCAUGAAUUGGCGAAGGAGUCGAGGAAGGGAGGAGCAAUGGUUUUUGAAUUUGAUCCGGAUGCUGCACCAGAAAAGAAGGCUGCCCGGGCGAAAAAGGUAAUUUUACGAACCCUUCUGCUACCUGUGUUUGGUUUCUUGCGGAAUGGGGGGGCUGUCGAAGCGUGGGAGUUAUUGCUGAUGACAUGAACCCUGUUGUUACGGAUAGGCGAUCCCCGGAGAACUGGGUUUAGCAAAGGGAAAAGUCUUGGAUCCUGUAAGCUUCCCUCCCAUAAUACUCUUUUUUUAUAUAUAUAUAUCGAAUUCUUGCUUAUCAUGAUAACUACAGACACAAGCCGUUCAAGGCAGCCCUCCAUCGGCGCCUAGAAGCAAUGGGGCAACAAAUGGAAGAAAUGCUACCCGAGCUUUGCCCGAUACUCCGAAGACCCCCAAAACCCCCAAAAACCCCGGUAUGGUAAACGGCCAGCCCAAGGCCGGCGAUGGUGAAUGGAGCCGAACCGGUUGGGAACCGCAAUUUGGAAGCCUCAAUGACGCCCUCGGACUCGGUGACGCGAUGGCUGAAGAUCAUCAAACAUUUCUCGAGAGUAAAUUGGACGACAAAUUCUUUGGUGGUGAGCUUUUGUACCUGUUGUUUGCCUGAAUGGGUAAAUGUUCUAACGGAUAGUUGUGAAGACUGGUAUCACAAUGCGGGCGUCAUCGGUUUUGCGUGUUUGUCAACCUGGUUCCUGACACUUAUCGGUGGCGGCCUUGGAUGGGUUAUCAUUGUCAUGGCUUGUUGCGCAACCUAUUACCGUACAUCAAUCCGUCGGGUGCGUCGCAAUAUUCAUGACGAUCUCAGCCGCGAGUUUGGAAAGAGUAGAUUGGAUACCGAUGUUGAAUCCCUUGAAUGGCUCAAUUCAUUCACGGUCAAAUUUUGGCCCAUCUACCAACCGGUUCUCGCUGCCACCGUUAUCAACGCGGUUGAUCCGGUUUUGGAAGGCGCUGCUCCCGGUUUCUUGGACUCGCUAAAACUUACCACCUUCACACUUGGAACCAAACCGCCUAGAAUCGAGUUUGCUAAAACCUAUCCCAAGACGGAAGAUGAUAUUAUCGAAAUGGACUGGAAAUUCAGUUUUACUCCUAAUGAUACCGCCGACCUGACGAGCCGACAACUGAGGAACAAAGUUAACCCGUGGGUAAACUAUCGUGUUCUGAGCGACACUUUUACUGAUAUUCUGAUAGUAAGGUCGUCCUUGAAGUCCGUGUUGGUAAGGGCCUCGCUUCAAAGGGGGUGCCGAUUGUCGUUGAGGAUAUGGCAUUUUCUGGUAUAAUGAAAGUCAAGAUAAAGCUCCAACUUGCUUUCCCCCAUGUACGUCGUACCGCCUCCCAUAUCAGAGGUAAAGUGUGCUAACUGUUACGGCUCCAGAUUGAGAAGGUUGACGUGUGCUUUUUGGGGAGACCGACGUUUGACUAUGUCCUGAAGCCGCUUGGGGGAGAGACUUUUGGUAUUGACAUCGGUUUCCUCCCAGGUCUUAACGGGUUCAUCCAGGAAAUGAUCCAUGCGAAUCUUGGCCCUAUGUUCUACGCUCCCAAUGUAGGCAUUGGCGCGGUCUCUGCUUUAUUUAUAUAUAUACUAAUUCUCUCUAGGUGUUUACUGUUGAAGUUGCCAAAUUGCUGGGAGGUGCCCCAAUUGAUACCGCUAUUGGUGUCCUUGUCGUUACCAUUCACAAUGCUCAUGGCCUUAAGAAUCCCGAUAAAUUCAGCGGCACCCCUGACCCUUAUACGGUGUUCUCGCUUAACAACCGUGAGGAAAUAGGGAGGACCAAGGUUGUCAAUGAGGAUGCUAAUCCCAAAUGGAAUGAGACCAAAUAUAUUCUUAUCAACAAUUAUAAUGACAGUUUGACCAUGACUGUUUAUGAUUGGAACGAAUUCAGGAAGGAUAAGGAAUUGGGAAUCGCCGCAUUUGCCUUAGACAAGCUUCAAGAGGACCCCGAGCAGGAAAACGUUGUCGUGCCAGUUAUGAUCGGUGGAAAGCCAAGAGGCCAGGUUUCAUGUGAUUUCCGGUUCUUCCCAGUCCUGGAGGGCUCGGUUUUGGAGGACGGAACAAAGGAGCCUGCACCGGAGAGCAACACCGGUAUCUUGCGAUUUACCGUUUCUCAAGCGAAAGAUCUUGAUUCUAGCAAGAGUCUUGUCGGAUCCCUCUCCCCAUACGCCAUCCAGUCUCUCAAUGGUAAGACUAUCAACAAGACGAAGCCAGUCAAACGCAACAAUAGUCCCAUCUGGGAGGUUUCCAAAGAAAUUCUUGUCACCAACCGCAGGACUGCUAAACUGGGACUUCGGAUUAAGGAUGAUCGUGAUCUAGCUGCACAUCCGCUUUUGGGAACCUACAUGAUCAAACUGGACGAUCUCAUUGAUAAAAAUUCUAAGGGCGUAGAAUGGUUUAAUCUCUCAGAGGCGAAGACUGGGAAGGUCAAAUUGACAGCUCAAUGGAAACCUGUUGCCAUUAAGGGUGCUUUAGGAGGUACUGGGGGCUAUGUUACACCCAUCGGUGUCAUGAGAAUCCAUCUGCAGAGCGCAAGAGAUCUUAGGAACUUGGAGUCAUUGGGUAAAUCCGACCCGUACGUGCAUGUCUUGCUAUCGGGAGUUGAGAAGGCCCGCACCGUCACUUUUAACAAUGAUCUGAACCCGGAUUGGGAUGAGAUUCUAUACAUUCCAGUCCACUCACCUCGGGAGAGAUUGACACUUGAGGUUAUGGACCAAGAGAAUAUGGGCAAGGAUCGUUCACUUGGCCAUCUGGAUGUUAACUGUGACGAGUACAUCAAACAAGGCGAAGAUGGCCUCUGGCUUGAACACAGUGAGAGGAUUAAUCGCAGUGAAGGCCUUAAGUUGGAUCGUGGAGUCAAAGGGACUCUUAACUUUACCGCUGCCUUCUACCCCUGCCUUAAUAUCGCUGAUCCUGAAGCGGAGGAAGCCGAACGCAAACUCAAAGAACAGGAAGAGAAUGAGAAAUACGAGCAAACCGUCAAGCAAGGGGCGGAGAAAAGUGCGGUUGAUGCUGAGAAUGAGAAGUCCAAAGAGCAGAUUGAGGAGAAUACUAUUGCUGAGGCGGCGGCUGGUUCUGACUCCAAUGGUGACGAAAAGGAGGCUCCUAAGAUCAGAUUAACGCCUGAGGAAUUGGUUAAAUACGGUAUUUUACCUGUUCACCUGCCUAGGAUGAUGCUCAUUUUGCGAUAGAUUCUGGACUCUUGGUUUUCAAGAUAAUCGAGGGCCAAUUUGCGCAUAAGGAUUGCGAUCUUGACAUCCUUAUGGACGAUAUGUUGUAUCCCGCCUAUUCCACUGCCAGAAUCAAGAGCAAGAAUAUGAAGUUUAGUGAAAGUGCGUAUUUGCCCUGAUCUUUUGGGAAUUAGAACUGACGGAUAACGGAUAGUCGGUGAUGCUUUUGUUAGAGAGCUCGAGUUCUCCCGGGUCACUCUCCGUUUGAGAGAGCAUGGGAAGGGUGGAGGUGAGGAGGAUGAAAUUCUUGGAAAAUUGACUGGUAGCACUCUGGAGACGGUAAAGCAAUGUCUGGUAUGUUCACCUGGGUUUCUAGGGAUGAGAGUUUAAUUACUGAUACCGGGAGAGAUAGAACAACCCAACUGUCCUUUCUCUCAAAGACAGAGGCGGCAUGGUCAGCAAGGUCAAGAUCAGCUUGAAGUAUAUUCCCGUUAUGAUGACUCUCGAUCCUAGUGAGAGCAUCAACAACAUGGGUACCCUCAGGGUGGACGUAUUGGAUGCCGCAAAUCUCCCCUCUGCCGACAGGAAUGGCAAGAGUGAUCCAUUCUGUGUCUUUUCCUUGGACGGUAAAAAAUUGCACGAGACUGGUGUGCAGAAGAAGACGCUGCAUCCUUCUUGGAACGAGGUUUUCGACACCAAGGUUGCAUCGAGGACCGCCGCAAACUUCGUGGUUGAAAUCUUUGACUGGGAUUUAGCAGGCAAGGCAGAUUUUUUGAGCAGGGGCCAAAUCGAUUUGGCGCAACUUGAACCCUUCGCACCAAAGACAGUUAUAAUAAAGCUUACUGGUAAACAAGGUCAGGAGGGCAGAUUUGGAGAGUUGAGGCUCAGGCUACUAUUCAAAUCAGACUACGUUACCAGAUCACGUCAAGGAUCGUCUACCUUCCACGGUACGCUCGCUACACCUGGAAAGGUGGUCACUGGUGUUGCAGGUGCCCCACUCAAAGUUGGUAGUUUUGCCGCCGGUGGCAUCACCAAGGGUGCUUCUUUUUUGAAGAAGAGCGCAUUUGGUCGCAGGGCCAAGGAUUCCAACGGCGUUGCAGAGGAGGUCGAGCAGGAAAUACUGACGUCCGGUCCAGCUGUCUCGAACGGAGGUGCUACUAAAGGGAGCAGUGAGGGCGGUGUCGCAGCUUAUGACCCCGAUGGGAACCAGGUGGCUCCGGACGGGUCGGAGGAUGGCUUGGAUCAGGGGCAGCGGGCUCCUGGGAAGCGUGCUGGCCUUAGUCCUUCCCCAUCCACAGCAGGAAGUCCGCAUAACAGGAACAGAAGCGUCUCGAGCACACUCUCCGUACCCGGUGGAGCGCCUGGAGGAGCCGAUUCCGGGGUAGCGACUGUCAGGAUUGUUGCUGCUUCCGGGUUCCCUGCCAACGCCAACGUUCAACUCCGGUUCAAGACCCUGGAUAAGGGCAAGGAGCUUCAUAAGAGCAAAUCUGUCAAAUCUUCCACUGGGGAAUUGGCUUGGGAUGAGAGUUUUACUUUUAACUGCACGGCCGACCAACAAUUCAAGGUCUAUGCCAAAGAUAACCACCUCCUGCGUGGCGACGAGGAGCUGGGAGAGGGAUUGUUUGUUGUCGAUGACACCGGCAAUGGAGGUGACACUGUGGUUCCUGUUGGCCAGGGCAAGGUUGUUUUGAGGACCAGUUUCAAGAGCUCUGAGACUGCCAGCAACGCGUCGCCGAGGCAUAGAAGGGGUCUACUGAAAGUGCGCUCGCAUGCUUCCUAAUAGUCAGGAUGGAUCUGGGAGGCUCAUUUUAUUUCUUAAUCAAUUCGCUUCUAAUUGCUCCCACUUAUUUUUUUAUUUAUUUUUAUUUUACUUUCUUACUAAGCUGUAUUUUUUUUCUUUCCUGGCGUAUGAAAUUCGGGGUUCUUUUCUUUUCCUGCAAUGAGUUUGAUGUUUUCUCU